GUCAGGAGCUGUAGUACCACCUGCUGGUCAGCAGCAGCUCUUGCACGUGCGCCUGUAUUCUGAGUAUUACGGUCCUCGGCAGUGUUCCUGUCCCUGUGACGUCACGGAGCAGCAGGCAGCGGCUCGUCACUGUCCACGACCGGCACUGAGCUGCACCUCUCAGCUGUUCACCAGCAGAAGUACCAUCAGCUGAUUAGUGUCCACACAGCUCAGCUCACCGCAGACUCUCCAGGCGUCACUGCUGUGGGUUGUCUAAGCAAGCUGCAUGCUGGGACACGGUACGUGUUGACCUCCUGAGCACGGAUCAUUUAGUCAGUGCGGUUCCAGCCGGCUGGGUCACCAAUGCCUCGAUGGAGAGUGUUCUUCAGUCAGCACUUACGAUGGUCCAGCACCGUCAGCCAGGCGCUCGUCCUGUCCGUCAUCACGUUCUGUGUCGUCCUCCCUCUGUGCUGCCACCGGCUGCUGUACUCGUACUUCUUCAUCCGCUCCAUGUACCUGGACUCCAUGAGCGAGGAGGUCCUGCGGGAAAGCCUCGCCCGCGGCCACGACGCCCUGAAUUUCUGGCAGAGCACCUCCACCGCAGCAGCCAUGUCUUCCCGAUUCACCGACAUCGCCCAGCAUCCUGAGCUGCUGGUUACCGUUGUGACAGUCCGGAGGAACGAGGGACGGGACUUCCACUACCUGCUCCAGGUGAUGCGGCGGCUGAGUGGCAUUCUGGGAGGCUGUGGGGAGCAGCGGUGUGCAGAGGUGUUGAUCUGUGAUGUCGACAGCAGUCCCCAGCAGAACCAGGACGCCAGCUUGCUGGAGGCCCACUUCAAGGUGAUCCGGCGCUCGCCUCAGGAGCAGCAAAGGAACAGGGAAGAAGUCAACACCUUCGAGAGGGAGAAGAGGGAUUACGUCUUUUGUCUGCGUAAAGGAUGGGAGCUGCUGAAGCCCAGAAACAUGGUUGUCCUGGAAGACGAUGCUCUGCCGAAGCAGGACUUCUUCACAGUCAUAAAGGACCUGCUGUCACGCCGGUUUGCCCUCCAGACCCUGUACGUGAAGCUGUACCACCCUGAGAGGCUGCAGCGCUACUGGAACCCCGAGCCUUACCGCAUCCUGGAGUGGGUGGGACUCGGGCUGGUCGGCGCGACGGCUCUCCUCCUCAGCUUUCCUUACUGGAACCCCUGUUCUUUUUCCUUCACGCUGUCUUUCAGCCACCUUCUGUUCUUCACCCUCUACUUCAUGGCUGCCGCGGAGCUGCUGGGGCGGCACUACCUCCUGGAGGUGCGGAGACUUUCCCCGCAGCUCUACGCCGUCUCCCCAGCCACAGAGUGCUGCACCCCGGCCAUGCUCUUCCCUGGCAACGCCUCGCUCAGGGUGGCCGAAUAUCUGGAUGGCUCGUUUUGCGUCAAGGGGAACGCCAAAGACAUCGUCCUGUAUCAGAUGGCGAGGACGGUACCGGGGGAAAGGUCUCACAGCGUGGAACCCAACCUGAUCACACAUAUCGGCGCCUUCUCCUCAGUCAGGGCCAACCCAUCCAAGCCCAAACUCCUCUGACUUGGAGGAGCCAGAAGGAGGA